AUGCAGAAUCCCAGCGGAACCAUCCUCCAGCUCUACCACGCGGGCCGGCUUUCCGCCGCGCUCCGGGCCUUCGAGUCGCUCCCCUCCUCGCCCGCAUCCGCAUCCGCCCCCGACCGUCUCUCCCCCGCUGCCUAUGCCGCGCUCGUCGCGGCCUGCUCCCGCCUCCGCUCCCUCCCGCAGGGGCGCCUUGUCCACCGUCACCUCCUUGCCUCCUCCGCUAGGGACCCAUACCUCGCUCACAACACCAUUCUCAGCAACCACCUCAUCACCAUGUACGGCCGCUGCGCCGCUCCAGACUCUGCCCGCGUGGUGUUCGACGGGAUGCUCGACAGGAACCCCGUCUCCUGGGCCGCCGUUAUCGCGGCGCAUGCGCAGAACAGCCGUUGCGCCGACGCCAUGGGCCUCUUCUCCUCCAUGCUGCGGUCAGGGACCAUGCCCGACCAGUUUGCACUUGGCAGUGCGGUCCGCGCGUGCGCGGAGCUUGGGGACUUGGGCCUAGGGAGGCAGGUGCAUGCGCAGGCCAUAAAAUCGGAGAACGGAAGUGACCUGAUCGUGCAGAACGCACUCGUCACCAUGUACUCCAAGUGCGGCUCAGUUGGGGAUGGAUUCGUGCUCUUUGAGAGGAUUAGGGACAAAGAUUUGAUCUCAUGGGGGUCAAUUAUUGCCGGGCUUGCACAGCAAGGUUGUGGAAUGGACGCACUACAAAUUUUCAGGGAGAUGAUUGCUGAGGGCAUGCAUCACCCCAACGAGUUCCAUUUUGGGAGCGUCUUUAGGGCCUGCUCUGUUGUUGUUAACAGUUUGGAGUAUGGGGAGCAGAUUCAUGGUUUAUCUGUCAAGUAUAUGUUGGACCGCGAUUCAUAUGCAGGUUGCUCAUUAAGUGACAUGUAUGCCCGUUGCAAUAAGCUUGACUCGGCAAGGAAGGUGUUUUACAGAAUUGAGUCACCUGAUUUGGUUUCUUGGAAUUCCUUAAUAAAUGCUUUCUCUGCUGAGGGGCUCCUUAGUGAGGCUAUGGUCCUGUUCUCUGAGAUGAGAGAUUCUGGUCUGAGGCCUGAUGGUAUCACUGUUAUGGCUUUGUUAUGUGCGUGUGUUGGCUGUGAUGCUUUACAUCAAGGUAGAUCCAUCCACUCGUACUUGGUCAAAUUAGGUUUAGGCGGGGAUGUUAUGGUGUGCAAUUCUUUACUCAGCAUGUAUGCAAGGUGUUUGGAUUUCCCCUCUGCAAUGGAUGUCUUUCACGAGACACAUGAUCGUGAUGUUGUCACCUGGAACAGCAUUCUUACUGCUUGUGUGCAGCACCAGCAUCUGGAAGAUGUAUUUAAAUUAUUCAGCCUCUUGCACAGAUCAAUGCCAAGUCUGGAUAGGAUCAGUCUAAACAAUGUUUUGAGUGCUUCUGCUGAGCUGGGUUACUUUGAAAUGGUCAAACAGGUUCAUGCAUAUGCCUUCAAGGUUGGACUGGUGGGUGAUGCAAUGCUAAGUAAUGGUCUGAUUGACACUUAUGCUAAAUGUGGAAGUUUAGAUGAUGCCAACAAGCUCUUUGAAAUAAUGGGCACCAGCCGUGAUGUAUUCUCUUGGAGCAGCUUGAUUGUUGGUUAUGCCCAAUUUGGUUAUGCAAAGGAAGCACUUGAUUUAUUUGCCAGGAUGAGAAACCUUGGAGUCAAGCCAAAUCAUGUAACCUUUGUUGGUGUCCUCACAGCAUGCAGUCGUGUAGGACUUGUUGAUGAAGGCUGCUAUUACUACAGUAUUAUGGAACCUGAAUAUGGCAUUGUCCCAACGAGAGAGCAUUGCUCAUGUGUCCUUGAUUUGUUGGCACGUGCUGGGAGACUAAGUGAGGCGGCAAAGUUUGUUGAUCAAAUGCCAUUUGAACCUGAUAUUAUAAUGUGGAAGACUCUGCUAGCCGCUAGCAGAACACAUAAUGAUGUCAAGAUGGGGAAGAGGGCAGCAGAAGGUGUUUUAAAUAUUGAUCCUUCUCAUUCAGCAGCCUAUGUCCUUUUGUGCAACAUAUAUGCUUCAUCUGGCAAUUGGAAUGAGUUUGCAAGAUUGAAGAAGGAUAUGAGAACCAGCGGAGUCCAGAAAUCACCUGGGAAGAGUUGGAUUAAACUCAAGGGCGAGCUGAAAGUCUUUAUUGUGGAAGACAGAUCGCACCCAGAGUCUGAUGAAAUGUACACAAUGCUGGAGCUAAUUGGAUUGGAAAUGGUAAAAGCGGGUUAUAUCCCAGAACUUUCAUGUCACUCAUGUAAAUAUGUUAGUUCUGACCACACAUAUUAUGAUUUGCUGAGCGAAGAAAUGUUAGCUGAAUAUGGUUGA